UUACUGCUCCACCCUCCAGUCCAGCAGGUGGCGCGCACGCACCAGUACGCCGGGGGCGCGCCUCUCGACACCAAAAUCGAAAGAAGUGGAGCAGCAGGAACGGAAAGAAACAGGAAGAACUAGAAGAAGACGACAUCGGCACCACAAUGAAUAGGAGACUAAUCAAGGAGCUUGAAGAAAUCCGCAAAUGUGGGACGAAGCAUUUCCGCAGCAUUCAAGUGGACGAAUCAAAUCUUUUGAACUGGCAAGGCCUUCUCGUUCCUGAUUGUCCUCCAUAUGACAAGGGAGCCUUUCGGAUUGAGCUCAUCUUUCCCGCGGAGUACCCCUUCAAGCCACCGAAGGUCACGUUCAAGACGAAAAUCUACCACCCCAACAUCGAUGAGAAGGGCCAGGUGUGCCUGCCCAUCAUCAGCGUCGAGAACUGGAAGCCAGCCACGAGAACGGAUCAAGUGAUUCACAAUCUCAUUAGUCUGGUGAACAGCCCCCAGCCGGAGCAUCCGCUGCGGGCCGACCUGGCGGAGGAGUACAGCAAAGACCGCGCCAAAUUCAUGAAGAACGCCGAGGAGUUUACAAAGAAACACAGUGAAAAGCGACCCGUCGACUGA